AUGAAGCGAAGGAACACGAAGAGAAGACGACGACGACCGCCUGCAUAUUUCCAUGCAUCGGCUACGGCUUCGGAAGAAAGGUUUCUGCACCAAGCAAUUCAGAAUUCAAAGAUUGAUAGAUCCAGACAGAAGGACUUGGACGUACCAAUAGGCCCAACAUUCUAUCCCACAGUGGAGGAUAUGGAAGGCAGUCCGCUGGAGUAUAUUGAGAAAAUUAGGCCUGUAGCGCAAAAGUAUGGAAUCUGCAAAAUCAAGCCACCACAGGGAUGGAAUCCACCUCCAGUUUGCGCUGAUAUGAACACCAAGAAAAAAUUUCCCACAAAAUUACAACAACUUGAUAGACUUCAAGAAGGAAUAAGUUUUGGAGAUGGAGGCGAAUAUAACCCUGGAGAAUACCAACGAAUGGCCAGCAAAUGCACUAAGGACUACAAAGCGAAGAACUAUCCAAGCCACGACGUGGUGGUCUCACAAGAGGGCUAUGAUCAGCGCAAAAUUAUUUUCUCUGCAGAGAAUUUGGAAAAGGACUACUGGUCUAUUGUUGAGACUAGAAGCCGGAGUAUCUCGGUUGAAUAUGGCAAUGAUGUGAAUACAGAUGAGUUCGGUUCUGGUUUCCCUCUCUCUGAAAGAGGUCGCUCUUUAGUUGGGACGACAAAUGGCAACAAGAUCAAGUUGCCAGAGCCAAAUUUUGGAACGGAGGACUACUACAAAGAAACCUGGUGGAAUACGAACAACAUGCCCUCAGCGCCGGGGAGUGUCCUUCGUCAUGUCAAGGUUGCAAUCAACGGCAUCAACGUGCCUUGGAUGUAUUACGGUUCACUUUUCACAACCUUUUGUUGGCACAACGAAGAUAACUAUUUGUAUAGCGUGAAUUACCAUCACGAAGGAGCUCCCAAACAGUGGUAUGGUGUCCCGGGAACAAAGGAAGAUUCAAAUGGACUGGAACAAGUUUUCAAGAAUUAUCUUUCUAUGAAAAUGAGGGACGUACCAGAUCUCUUGCACCAUAUCACAACCAUGUUCAGCCCCCGCCUCUUGCAGCAAUCAGAAGUUCCAAUUUACAAGCUGCUUCAAUACCCAGGGGAAUAUGUUGUGACUUUUCCAAGGGCCUUUCAUGGUGGGUUUUCCAUGGGACCAAACAUUGGAGAAGCCGUUAAUUUUGCGACCCAUGAUUGGAUCGCCUACGGAAGUGAUGCAAACGAGCGGUACAGGUCUUUUGCUCGACCUGCUGUUUUUUCUCACGAUCGCUUGACAUUCACUAUGGCCCAACAUGUUGAAGAAGAACAAUCCCACAAGAAUUGUAGCUUGUUGCUGAAAGAAUUAGAGCGCAUCGUAGAAGAGGAACUCCAGCUACGCAAGAUACUGUUUGAUUCAGGUGUGAGAGAUGUUUCUGAACAGAUUGAAUUGCCAAAAAACUGUCUUGACCAGCUAGACGAAGAUUCUGCAGAAUACGAUGACAAACGACUAUGCCAUGCCUGCAAACAUGUUUGCUUUUUUUCUGCUGUUGCCUGUGUAUGCAGCCAAUCAAAUGUAAGCUGUCUCCGUCACAGCCACUACAUGUGUAGGUGCCCUGGAGAACGGCGGUAUAUGAUGAUAUGGAGCUCCGAGAGAGAACUGAAUUCUACGAUUCAACGAGUCCGUGACCAUGCCAACUGUUUGAAAGUAAACCAGAAUGAGCAAGAAGUUGUUCCAAUUGUGGUAUGCCUUCCGUCAGUUGCGCUUGGGGCUCAAAGAGAUAAGGAAGAACACAAGAAUGAUUUGAUUAACGUGGAGCCAUGUGGUCAAAAGGAAACUGUGUUUGGCGGAACAAAGGGAGGCAACUUUCCCAUCCAACGUGCAGAUUCUUCAGAUUCUGUGUUCACCACACCAGAAGUUAUAUCAGAUGAAGAUCGAGGGGGGGGGGGUGUCCUUGUUGAUGAUACAGAUGAUGAAAUAGAGCUAAUCGGUGUCCGAUUUGCAAAUAGCAGCUCAUACUAG